AUGUCCGACAGUGAAAGCAGCAGUUCAUAUGAAUCAAGCUCAGAAGAUGAUCUCAGUCUUCUUGCGCGGCCCGUUUUCCUAAAAAAGUCUAAGAAAGACAGUGCUGCGUCUCCAGAAGCGGGAUCCAAGUCGGCCAUUUCUCGGGCGGAAUUCCAGCAGCAGCUAGAUGCCAAAGAGGCCAAAGUAUCUGACUUUGGCAGCGUCUCAGAUACUGACGAUGUUGAUCCAGACUCUGAGUAUGCGCAAUGGAAGUUGCGCGAGCUCCAGCGGCGUCAAAGAGACCGCCAGAAACUAGAGAGUAUUGAGAAGGAGAAAGAAGACCAGCUUCGGCGAAAGAAAGGAACAUUCAAGGAUGCAGACCAUACAAGUGAUGGCGCCUCAAAGGAGAAAGAAGCCUCAAAGGAGAGCGAAGGGCAUAAGAAAUUGGGAAUCUUCUAUGGAGAUGGAAUUGACGAGAAACUAUUAAAGAGAGAUUAUACGCUGGUUGAAGACAGUGGUGAUCACAGCAGGCCCACGAAGUACAUGAGACACAAGAUGCGGCCAUAG